UGAAUGUGGCGGAAGCUGUCGCGCAGGUCUCCGGUGAGGCCAGGGAACCCAGGAUGCUGUUGUAGUGACCCUGCUGCGCCGGAGAACUCAGGCUGCGACGCCCGGCUACGGCCUAGGAAUCCUUAUUUCUUCUCCCAGACGGGGCGUGGCCUAGUCAGGUCGCCUAGGUCCUUGCAUCAAAAGACCUCCCGUCACCUUCCGUCUGGGGCGAUGCGCAAGGCAGUCAAGCUCCGCAGGAAUCCGGGUCACCAAGCUAAUCCCUUUUACCCGUUUUCUCCCCCUUCGGGUCUGUGCCGGCAGCCCAGGGCUACAUGGUCAGGGCUUGGUACAAGAACUUGGCUGGGGGCAGCUGCUGCUCAGAUUUGGACUCGCGAGGAGCCACCCCAACCAACCCCAGGCACGGAUUCCACUCCUUGGUGGUGGUCGGAAGCCCUUUGGUAAUAGCCUCUCAUCAGGAACUGGGCCAUUCAAAGCGAUUAUGAGUCACAAAGCUCUAGGGCCUCGGGGGUCCAUCCCAAGGCCGGGUGACGCCCGCGGGGACCCCACCCCGAGGUGGGGUGACGCCCGCACUCACUUCACAAGGCAGAAAUUGUUACCUGGGUAAUAAAAGGCACCGCGGCGGCGGGGGCCCGGGAGUGGGCACAUGGGGGUGCGGGUGUGCAGGUGCCAAGCGCCAUGGGUUAGGCCCGAGAUCGGAGUCCGGCCGCCCCCCGACAGCAGCCGCCUCCUGCUCCCCGUGCGCCCCAGGCGCCACCAUGUCGGGUGACAAACUCCUGAGCGAACUCGGCUAUAAGCUGGGCCGCACGAUAGGUGAGGGCAGUUACUCCAAGGUGAAGGUGGCCACUUCCAAGAAGUACAAGGGAACGGUGGCCAUCAAGGUGGUAGACCGGCGGCGCGCGCCGCCUGACUUCGUCAACAAGUUCCUGCCUCGGGAGCUGUCCAUCCUUAGAGGCGUGCGGCACCCGCAUAUUGUGCACGUCUUCGAGUUCAUCGAGGUGUGCAACGGGAAGCUGUACAUCGUGAUGGAGGCAGCCGCCACGGACUUACUGCAGGCCGUGCAGCGCAACGGACGCAUCCCUGGGGGGCAGGCCCGCGACCUCUUCGCACAGAUCGCCGGCGCCGUGCGCUACCUGCACGACCACCACCUGGUACACCGCGACCUCAAGUGCGAAAACGUGCUUCUGAGCCCUGACGAGCGCCGCGUGAAGCUCACCGACUUCGGCUUCGGCCGCCAGGCUCACGGCUACCCUGACCUGAGCACCACCUACUGCGGCUCGGCAGCCUACGCAUCACCGGAGGUUCUCCUGGGCAUCCCCUAUGACCCCAAGAAGUACGACGUGUGGAGCCUAGGCGUCGUGCUCUACGUCAUGGUCACUGGAUGCAUGCCCUUCGACGACUCAGACAUCGCCGGCCUGCCCCGGCGCCAGAAGCGUGGCGUCCUCUACCCAGAUGGCCUCGAGCUGUCUGAGCGCUGCAAGGCCCUGAUCACCGAAUUGCUGCAGUUCAGCCCGUCAGCCAGACCCUCGGCGGGCCAGGUAGCGCGCAACGGCUGGCUGCGCGCGGGGGACUCUGGCUAA